GGGGAGGGGGCGGUGGCGGCGGGAUGGAGCCGGCGCGGGAGCCGCGCGCCGAGCGCUCAGGAUUUUAUCCUUUCGGUGUGUCGGGGCAGCAACUUGCAGGCAUUGAAACGGGGAAGCGACCCGGGCACGUUCUCACGCUCGCUUCGUCGCGGCGUGCUCAGACCCAAGGUAAAUAAACGCCUGGCAGCGGCGGCGUUGGCUCUGUCGGCUCACGCCGGGAGGUCCGGGUACGUCCUGAGCCAGCGUAGACGGCCUGCAAACACCUGAGCUGUUACAAAAGGCCCGGCGGGUAGGAACGUGCAUGUUUCUUGGCACCAUUUUGCGCUCAGAUCCAGCGUGAGCCGUGCUGGGGCUGCAGGCGCCAGCAGCUGAAUACAGACAAGAGAGGCUGUAGCGGCCCUACAGGGCUGUAGCGGCCCGUAGGACAACCCAGCCCGCAGAAACAACCCUAAACAAUCAGGGUUUCUGGAAAUCAGCCUUCCCCCCUCUGAAUAUUGGUUAAAACAACGUCUGAAGUACGCCUGGAGCAUCCUUUGAACCUGACGGCAGGUGAGGGAAGCACCGAGAGAUGCCCAAGCUGCUGCUCGGCGUUCCUGGGCUGCAGGUUUCCGAAGAGGAGCCCCGUCACCUCUCCAGGAACCCGUGGCCGUGUUGUGCAGGGGGAGGAAAUGCCUUUGUAGCAAGUGCCUGCCGCCACCGGGUGGUAACCGCUCUGCACUGCAUUUGUACAGGCCUUGCUGAGCUCUUAUUUUCGCGCACGCGAUAAUUUACCCGGUGUCUAAUUCGUUCUUGCUCGCGUCCUUUUUUUAGCACAGUUUCCAGAGCGAGCAAAACGGGAUUCGCGUCUGAGAGCAAAGAGCUGGGCAGGAACACGGCGCGUGGCGAGAAACGCGUCCUUAACGAAGGCUGCAUCUUUUUUCUACUGAAAUGUUGUUGACCCGCUUCUGCCUUUUGGUGCCUCUUUUUUUUUUUUUUUUUUCCCCCUGUUCGUGCAGGUGCUCUUUUGAGCAGCGCUUUUUGGGGCAGAGGCACGCCAGCUCUAACGCUGUGUUCUCUCCCAGAACGGCGCUUGUGGGCUGCAGCUUUUUGUAGACGUCGCUGCUUUCUGUUACAAGGUGUGCUGCAUCGUGACAGGAGCAGGCUUUUUAAAGCUGUUUGCUUUGAGCCUUCUUGGCACAUUCCUGCUAGGUUUUUUCUCUGCUUUAAAAAAAUAUAUAUAUUUAAAGCGCUUGGACAAUUUUUGCCUCUCUGCUUUGAUAGGAUUUGCAGCUGUGAAUGCGCUUUAAUAGAAUUUACAGCUGGGCUGAAGCAUCCCCUCUCUUAAAAUAACAUUGCAGCUUCGUGAUUCAGGAGAAUGUGCCUCCCACUAGCUGCUUUGUCUGUAGCUGUGAAUGCUCUGGAGCAAGAGGAGAAUACGAGCAAAACCCAAACUUUUGUGUGUGGCAAAAUAGGAAGCGUAACCCCGUGGCUCAGGACUGUGACUAUACACGAGUGAACUUGGGUCUUGUUUUUUUUUUUUUUCUUCUCCUUGCUUUCUGCUCUCGCACGCAGCUUUUAACCUGCCAGGUUUUCUUUUUCUGUCAUUAAAAUGGGCAUAGGAAAACCUCAGAGCGUUGUUAGAUCAUUAGGUGAUCGCUCUGGGGAUCUUUAUGUACCGUCAGGCGCUGGAUUCGAAAGGUGGCAGGUGGGAAAUGGUGCAGGAUGUGGUGUCGUUGGAGCCCAGAGAGUGCUGCGGGUCUUCUGUUUCUCAAACUGAAAAGCAGUUGGUGGCUGGGGAACCAACGGAAGAAAUGUGUUAUCUUAAAAAGCUGCCUAACAGAUACUGCCUGCCUCUGUGGCUCCGGGCCAGCAGUUUUCAGAGCUGGUCCCAGAAUGUCAAUCCAGAACACGCAGAAAAGAAAGCAGCGAGGCUCUGCAAAGUGUUUUAAAUCUUGCAGGAGCGAGCUCUGGGCAGAGGGAGCAGGCGAGAGCCGAGCGUGCCUGGCAGCGCCCGACCGACCACGAGCCCGUUGGCAAAGCGCUCGCACGGAUGUUAGGCUCCGAGUCCACAUUUUAGUUCUGUCUCCGGUCCAAAGAAAGGUUUAAAACCCAUUGAACGCACUGGAACUAGAAUGCGUGCAUAGGUGCUUGGCUGAGCUGUGGCUGGAGCCGCCGGUGUUUCUGCUGAGGCAGGCGGUGAGGAGGCCAAUGAGACUGCUACAGUUCGGGUUCCCAAAACCAGAGGGAGAACUUCCUUGGCAUCGGGGAGCUCCUGAGGCAGCUUUCAAGCUCGGAAUGGAGCUGGUGAACAGACAGGAUCCCUACCUCCGAGAGGUCGUGCGGUCUGCAGUGUGCUGCAGAGCCCUGACGCUGCUGCUGCAGGCCGUGUUCAACCUCCUGAUCCCGGACCACGCUGCGGACGCCUUCUCCCCUCCUCGCCUGCCCGAGCCCGGCGCGUGGGACGCGCUGGCGGAGCGGCUGCUGGGAGGCCUGGCGCGCUGGGACGCCGAGCACUUCCUCUUCAUCGCCGAGCGGGGCUACCUGUACGAGCACAACUGCGCCUUCUUCCCCCUCUACCCCCUCAGCCUGCGUGCCGUGGCCGAGGGGGCUCUGUGGCCCCUGCAGCCGCUGCUGCGUUUGCGGAGCCGCCUGCUGCUCUCUGCCGUCCUUCUCAACUCUCUUUUUUCCAUGCUGGCAGCCGCUGCCCUGUACGAGCUGGGCUGCGGCGUGCUGCGGUGCCGCAGGGCAGCCUUCCUCGCUGCCCUUCUCUUCUGUCUCAGCCCCGCCAACGUGUUCAUGGCAGCUGCUUACUCGGAGAGCAUGUUCGCCUGCCUGGCGUUCAGCGCCAUGGGGCGGCUGGAGAAGGGGCAGAGGGGGCUCAGCGCCCUGCUCUUCUCCCUCGCUUCUGGCGUGCGCGCCAACGGGCUGGUCAACGCUGGCUUCUUCCUCUACUCCCACGCUAAAUCCUUCGCCCUCCGGUUCCAGGUGGGCUCAGGACCGGGAAGGAAGCUCUCUCCUUUAUGGAGGCAGCUCCUUAGCGUGGCAUCUUCAGCGGUUGUGACGUGUGCCGGGAUUUGCCUGCCUUUCCUUUUAUUCCAGUAUUACGCCUACGGGAGGUUUUGUGGCCCCGGCACCGGCCUGGAGCUGGAUGUCCCCAAGCCGCUGCGGCAGCUGGCUCUGGACAAAGGCUAUCACCUGGCAGCCACGAGCGGGGUUAAACCCACGUGGUGCUCCCAGCGGUUCCCCGUGGUCUAUUCCUACAUUCAAGAUGUUUACUGGAACGUAGGCUUUCUACGGUAUUUUGAGCUCAGGCAGGUACCAAAUUUCUUGCUUGCUUUGCCUGUCACCAUUCUGGGCGUCUGGGCUGCCGGGACCUACGUCGUUGCAAACCCUCGGCACUGCCUGACUCUUGGUCUAGAGAGGAGGAAGGAUGAACGAGAGGGCAAACCAAGGGCUGGCUUUUGCUGCCCCGCCGUCUUUGUGUAUGUGGUCCACGCCACGGCCCUGCUGCUGUUUGGAUUCUUCUGCAUGCACGUGCAGGUGCUGACCAGGUUCCUCGGCUCCUCCAGUCCCGUCCUCUACUGGUUCGCAGCCCACCUGCUGCAAGAACACGAGCGCUGGCUCUGGACCGAAGGCGCUGCCGGGCAAACCGCCGUGCCUCCCCCCACGGGGUCGGCGCUGGGUGCGUCGCCGGGCUCCUGCGGGCCGGGGGCUGCGGCAAACCCCCUGCUCAGGCUGCUGCGGAGCUACCCCCUCGUCACCCCCCGCAGCAAGGUUGUCCUGGGCUAUUUCCUGGCCUAUUGGCUGCUGGGGCUGGCUCUGCACUGCAACUUCUUGCCCUGGACGUAGGCAGCGGCUGUGGCUCCGUGCCUGUGCAGGCUGCAGAGGGGGCGAUCUGCACAGAAACUCACUUUUUCUAU